AUGUCCUUCAAAAUUGUGCAAGCAAAAGAGCCUGGACGUAAGGCCCCUUCUUUAUCAAUUGUGCCAUCGGCUUGGGAAAAAGACGGAACUUUAUUUUGGCCUCCUGCUAAAAAGAAGGGACUCUUGUUCAAAUUGAUCAAAGAUGGAAAUUCCAGACCAGAACCAGACUGGGUCUCUCAGCCCUGCACCAGAAAAAGGCAAAUAUUUCUGUCAUAUGAAGCGGCAGACUUAGAGUUAAUUGCAAUGGAACAAAAAAGUGAUAGUGAGGCAGAAUAUAGGGAAUUGCCAAAAAAAAGGCCAAUUCGAAAGAGAAUCGAGGCAGAAGAGGAGUUGUUGCCAAAAAAGAGGCUAACCAUUCAAAAAAGAACCGAAGUCGGUAGAGUUUCUCAAGCCAAUUUAAAUUUUCUUGCUGAGGAAUGUAAGAAAGCAACAGAGCUACUUGGCAUAGAGGAUACAAGUGAACUCUAUAAUAUGAAAGAGGACAGGGAGAAUUUAAAUGUGCAAAAUCAGUUUAUAGGCAUGCCAAUCAAUAAGAAGAGUGGAAAUAUUCUACAGCAGUACACAAAUAAUGUAUCACAAAAUUUGGAGACAAAUAAGCAGGUAGUAGAGGAAGAGGAUCAAAGAAAAUCUCAACUAUUUCAAGAUACAGAAUCUAAAUAUGAAGACGUGGAACAAAGCGAUCCAGAUGAGCAAAUAAACUUAUACGUGGAUAAUCAAAAAAUGAUACUGCAAAAUCAAAGUGAGCUGUUAGAAAAUCAGCUGCGAAUUAUUGAACAGCUGGCAAAUCAAGAAACUAUGAUAGAGCAAAUUUGUCGGCAACUAUCCAGUGACAAAGAUAAAGGAUUCACGACAAAACAAUUGGAGAUUAAACUUUUAGAUGAAAUAUAUAUGGAAAAAUUGGUUAAAUGCAAAUCUCAUAUUUGUGGAACCAGCGGCAGAAUGAAUGGUUUGAACUGCUCUUAUGGAUUAGUUGAUUGUUUUUUCGAAAGAGAAUUACUGCUUCAAUUUGCAUGGAGUGGGGGCAGUAGGCAAAACGAAGGCAAGAUGGCGUUCAAAAAAUAUAAAAAUAUAAUGAAUCUAUUUUAUAAAAUAAUCAGAAAAGCUGAUUCCCAAUAUACAGAAACAGACUGCCAAAAUUUUUUCAAAAGCGUUAUAAAAAAUGCCAAGAGGCGCUUUGAACUGGCAAAAAAUUGCAUGGAAAAAAGAACGGCGUCAAGCGGCAAAAAAAGACCCAACAACUUAACCUACAAAAAGAUUAAAGAAAAUGCCGGUGGAAUAACUGAAGAAGCUGGAGAAAAUGACGCAUCUGUUGGCGAAAAUGAGACAGCUGAAGAAGAUGAGGUAGCUAUUGAAGAAAACGAGGUAGCUAUUGAAGAAAACAAGGUAGCUAAUGAUGAAGAAGCUCUGGUAAUUCUAGUGACAGAUGAAGCUGAAGACAAUUAA